AUGCCUUCCUCCGCCCCUGUUUUGAGACCUAAAAAGGCGCAGCCGGUCGCAGCACAUAAAGAGCAGGAACCUAUCAGCUACGACAUCAAUAUCCCAUACGUGGAUGUUUCAAGAGAGAACCACCUGCGAACAAGGUAUCCCGAAUAUCUUCCGACAUGGGAUAAGCUCUGGUUCGAUCCGCUUCCUUACUUCGAUUAUGAGGACCCUGCGCUGCGAGUCAAGGACAAAUCCAAGCCCAACCUGCUGACCCCGAAUGUGAAAGUCACGGAUAUUCAGCCCCGAAUUGGCAGCGUUCUUGAAGGCGUGCAACUGAGCCAACUUUCUGCGGCCGCUAAGGAUGAACUGGCGCUUCUUGUCUCGGAGCGCAAAGUUGUCGCUUUCCCCAAUCAAGAUCUGAUUGAUGCCGGCCCCGCCGCCCAAGCGGCAUUCAUGAGCCACUUUGGCAAACCAAACUACCAGCCCGUAUCCGGUACUGUGCGCGGUUAUCCUGGUUUCCAUAUCAUUCACCGCGAUGGAAACCGCGAGGAAAUCUGUCGCUUUUUGGAACAGCGCACAACUACCACCCUUUGGCAUCAAGAUGUGAGCUAUGAAAUUCAACCGCCUGGCUAUGUCAUGUUGGGACUCCUUGAAGGACCCGAAGUUGGAGGCGAUACGGUUUUUGCUGCGACCGAUUUGGCUUAUAAGCGUUUGUCCGCUACCCUCUGCUCGUGGCUCGACACUCUAAGCGCAGUCCACUCGUCCGCGAAGAUGAUCAACCAUGCCCGCCUUACUGGUGGCUUGGUGCGUAAAGACCCCGUCGACACCGUUCACCCGCUUGUGCGCAUUCACCCUGUAACUGGAGAAAAAUGUCUAUGGUUCAACGGCGAAUUUAUUACCAAGAUUCCCGGCCUCAAAGAACCAGAGCAACGCUGGUUGCUUGAUUUCCUCAUGCAGCAUAUCGUCUCCGGGCACGACUUCCAGGCUAGAGUACGAUGGCAACCCAAGACCAUCGUCAUUUUCGACAACAGAAGCACCAUCCAUUCGGCUAUUGUUGAUUAUAUCGACGAUGAUUACGGCGCGAAACUCCGCCAUAUCUUCCGCCUGUGCGCACUGGGCGAAAAGCCGAUUCCCGUUUACGACGAAUUCGAAUGA